AUGGGAAAGCGACGGAAUGAGCUCUUUAUUACUAGACAGCGGCAAAGGAACAAACAACUGAGGGAAGUAGAAGUUUUCCUGCCCAACUGUGGAUUCCGUGGGGUCCGCGGAAAACCUCACAAAAGGGCGGACACCAGCACGGAACACACCCACGGCGCGUGCAAAGGAAACCUAGGCCGAGCACGAGAGGCCAACUUCCCGCAGGGCCUCCGCUCGUCGCCCGCCCGCCCUCCCGGCCACCAGGCGGUCUCGGGUUACACUUUAGAGGGAACUACAUUUCCCAGCGAGCACAGGGUUAGCCGCUCACGCACAGAGUGCUCCUUCGACCGGGCCGACCAGGCUUCCACACCGGAAGUGGCUCACCGGAAAACCCAGAUCUUAGUGCAGGGGACGGCUGAGCGUGCCGAAGGCAGAGGGCGGUUUGGACAGCCAGGUUGGGGCGUGAAGCUUCUUCCCAGAGAAAGAGCCCAGCAGAAACAGGCAGUGUUCCUGUGGUUUAAAAGGAACUCUUCAGAUAUGGAUGCAGUGAGUUGUCCUUGGGUUUCUGAGCAACCUCCAGCUUGCCAAGAAGAAAGAGCAAACACACCCAUUCCACGGCAGAAGAAACUGAGAAGCCUAGUUACAACUGAAAAUAAUUCCCCACUGGAAGAUGUCUCAAAAUAUGUGGACAUUAAUAUUACUACACUUUCUCAAGACGAGAAAACAAAGACAUUGGGUAGGUGUCCUGCUGGGAAGCAGUUUCCCAAAAGUUCUUCUCUUAUUUCCCACCAGAGGAUUCACACUGGUGAGAAGCCCUAUGACUGUAGCAACUGUGGAAAAGAAUUCAAUGAGGAAACAAACCUUAAUAAGCACAAAUGAAUCCAUACAGGGGAGAAACCCUAUUCCUGUUCUCAGUGUGGUAGAAACUUUGAUCAGAAUUUUCAUCAGAGUCGCCAUGAAGGAAUUCAUGUAGGGGAGAAAAUAUUUUAGUGUCCAGGAUGGGGGAAAACCUUCCCCGCAAAUGAAGAAUUUGUAGUUUCAUCUGCAGAGUCGUGA